GAGGAAAGGAGAUGCGCCUGCUUUUGGCGUUACUAGUGCUGACGCUAGCAAUAGCUACAGCAGCCCAAAGUAAACGUCGAGCGGAACCGCCAAGAGAUUGCUCCGAUGCUCCCGACAGGGACACUAAGCGUACCUGCCUUAUGAUUCGUACCAUGGACAGACUUACAAGGAGACGAAUUGCAAGACAGGAGGCUAGAAAUCCGGUAAGAAGGCAAACUGCGCCUAGACAACCGAGACAAGGACAACCGCAACAACAGAGACCUCAGGCACCCCCUCAACCGCAAGGUCCACCCGACUGGCUUCUGCCCAUUCCCGUUCCGCCAAACGCCCGAGGGCAAAUCGCCUAUCACCCGUACGAUUGUAUGACUCUCGGCUGUCUCUGUCCGUUCUUUGCCGGUCGAAUGCAAGGAGGACAUUGUGUGUUGUCGAACGGUGCCAUACUCCAGAUGGCAUACCGUAAGGAGUACCGUAUGCUUACCGAAGAUGAAAGGCGUCGAUGGCAUAAUGCGUUGACAACGCUGAAGUUGAACGGAGAAUUCGAUAGACUUGGCAGAAUUCACUUUGAGGUGGGCACUGGUUCGGGCGCUCACUCAGGACCCGGUUUCUUACCAUGGCACAGAGAGUUCCUCAAGAGAGUCGAGAUUGCCCUACGAAUGGUGGAUCCAACGGUGGCAAUUCCUUAUUGGGACAGUGUUAUUGACGGUUACUUGCCCGAUCCAAGAGAUUCGAUUCUUUUCUCGAAUCUUUUCGCUGGUGAAACUGAUUUCUAUGGGAAUGUCAUUCAAGGUCCAUUCGCUUACUGGCGAACACUUGAGGGUAGACCCACUAUUUUGAGAAAUCUCGGCGUAGAAGGCUCCCUCAUCAAUGAGAAUCAGGUAAACAACGUAGUCGCACAGAAUACGAUCGAGAACAUCCUUGCCUACACCGCCCCACAAGCAGGUUGUCCUUAUCCGAACAAUUAUGGAGCUAUCGAAUACAUCCAUUCGAACGUACAUCUAUGGGUUGGAGGAGACAUGAAACCACCAAGCACUUCGGCCAAUGAGCCUCUAUUCUACAUGCACCACUCCUUUGUCGAUUACCUCUGGGAACUCUGGCGUCAGCUGAAACAACCGAGAUGGUUGAGAGAAGUGGCUUAUGCUAACGACAACCCGUACUGUACCAACCAAAUGCACUACAGUUGGGCUUAUAUGCGUCCAUUCCCAUAUCUACAGAACAGAGAUGGGCUAUCAAACUCAUACACCGAUCAGAUGUAUCGUUAUGCUCCUCGACCAAGUUGCUCACUUCAGAAUCCUAACUGUGGUUCACCGUACUUGUUCUGUGAUACUAGAGGUUAUCCCCAUUGCGUUGCCAAGAUCAAGAUGAACGGAAAUUGUCAAGGAUUUGAGAACUUUGAUGCUUGCUAUCAAGGCCGAUGCUGGUGGGGACGUUGCGUUCCAGGAGGUGGCCGAGCUUUUGGCUCUAAAACGAUGAAGGACGUGAAGCCUAUAAAUGGUUCUAUGGGUAUGAGUCCACUGCCAGUAGGCAUCGAAGACCGGGAGGUCCAUCCACAGCCAACGAAAAUGCUUGCUCCGAGAUUCGUCAAUUGCUUCAAUAGGUCACCCUGCUGCAGUCUUUGGGCUGAGAAAGGACAGUGUGUCAAGCAAGCCGAAUAUAUGGGAGUUUACUGCGGACCAAGUUGUGGAGUUUGUAUGCCCGCAUUCAACAUCUCCUCGCCGGCAUGUCUCGACUACCAUCCAAUGUGUUCCGAAUUCAAAAGGCAAGGACUUUGCAGAGGAAAAGGCGAAGAUUUUAUGGCUGAGAAUUGUCGCGCUUCUUGCGGUUUCUGCAAUGAGAACAAGCAAAAGAAAUGCUUCAAAAAUGAAAAAAUAGUGCUACCCGUGGUCAGCCAAGAACUUGUGAUGGAUGUGCAGGACACAAUCGACCUAGAGACAAAGGAUCGUGUUCGUCUUGCGAAGAAGCAUAGGGUGUGGAACUGAAUUAGCGCAUAGAAGAACAACGCCCUAGCGCAUACACACUUAAAAAUUUUCCCCAAGAGUCUUCCUCCCACCAAGAAGCUCACCCACUUUUUUGUUAUUCUGUUUUUCUCUCUAGUCUCCGGCGAGACUUGUGUACAUAUCUGCUUACGGGAAGCCUUUGCACUACUGUAAUACUUGCUCUCUAUUCGUAUAUCGCUGCAAGCGUAUAAUUCUCUUCCACACACGGUCGACAUAUGGGUGUUCGUCUUCGUCGCUCUACUUGGUAGAGCCCUCAGUGCUAGUGUUCGCGGCUAGCGCUCCAAAUUCAGAUUUGCGUAGAGACAGAGGGGGCGGCUAGCUGUCCACGGACAUCUCGCGCUCGGCCAGCGUUCGAGUCAGAGGGGCUCGUGUGGCGCUCCUCUAUAUACUCGAUCUCUUCUCUUGGUUGUAUAUUUCUGUUCAUAUUGCGCUGUUUUUUUCCGCAAUAAAUCUUAUUAUUUUCA